CCUUUCUUCUCCAGCAGCUUGUUAUCAAAACGCACUCUCUCCCACUCCACCGCCCCCUUCUUCUCCAGCAGCUUCUUGUCGUGAUCGUGAUCGUGAUCGUGAUCGAGAGAAAGAGAGAGAGAGAGAGAGAGAGAGAGGGAAGAUGAGUGGGAUGGUGGUGUGCGUGACGGGGGCCUCCGGCUUCAUCGCUUCAUGGUUGGUGAAGCUCCUCCUAGAUCGCGGCUACACCAUCAAGGCCACCGUUCGUGAUCUCGGUGAUCCCAAGAAGACAGAGCACUUGCGUGCUCUAGAUGGAGCCAGUGAGCGCCUUAAGCUAUUCAAAGCAAAUUUACAGGAAGAGGGCUCAUUUGAUGUUGCUGUUGAUGGAUGUGAAUGUGUUUUCCAUACAGCUUCUCCUUGCUUUGUUAAUUCUACAGAUCCACAGGCUGAGUUAAUUGAUCCUGCGGUGAAGGGUACCCUCAAUGUUUUAGGCUCUUGUGUUAAAUUUCCUUCCAUCAAAAGGGUGGUUGUAACAUCAUCCGUGGCAGCUGUUAAUUUUAAUGGUAGACCACGCACUCCUAAUGUGAUUGUUGAUGAGACAUGGUUUUCUGCUGCAGAGUUUUGUGAGCGUGCAAAGUUGUGGUAUCCACUAUCGAAGACCCUUGCAGAGGAGUGUGCUUGGAAGUUUUCAAAGGAUAAUGGUAUCGAUUUAGUAAUAAUUAAUCCAUCGAUGGUGAUUGGUCCUAUUCUGCAGCCAACUUUAAACACAAGUGUUGCUAUAAUCUUGAACUUGAUAAAUGGUGCUUCGACUUAUCCCAAUUCAACCUAUGGAAUUGUAAAUGUUAAAGAUGUUGCAUUAGCACAUGUCCUGGCAUUUGAGGUUCCAUCGGCAAAUGGAAGAUAUUGCUUAGCUGAAAGAGUUGCUCAUUUGUCGGAGCUUGUGAAAUUGAUUCAUGAACUAUAUCCAACUUUUCAGCUCCCUCAUAAGUGCGAGGAUGAACAGCCAUUUGUCCCUACAUAUCAGGUCUCAAAGGAGAAGGCAAAAAGCUUAGGUAUAGCUUACAUCCCUCUUGAGACAAGCUUGAAGGAGACUAUUGAAAGCUUGAAAGAGAAAGGGUUUGUCACUUUCUAAACAAUAAUGUCUGCCCUCCUUGGAUUGUAAACGUGUGUGUAUAUAGUUAUUGAUGGUGUUGUAGAACUCCACUAGUAUCUCAUUGUUGUUUGAGGUCAAUUACGGUGAGCUUGUUGUACAAAAUGUCCUUUAAAAUUGCUUCUUUUGUACAUAUAGAGAUGGGACCAAAUACACAGAUGCUUGUGUUAAAGCAACUUCUCAAAUUUUAUUUUUA